AUGCAACAGUAUAAUGCAACACCCACUCCAAUGAAUGCAAAUGAGAGAUUGCAAGUGGAUGCUGACUCAGGCUGUGUUGAUACCAAGAGAUACAGAAGCUUAGUGGGUCUCUUGAUGUAUUUAACUCAUACUAGAUCCAACAUACAGUUUGCUGUUGUAGUGCUCUCAAGACAAACAAAGAGUGGCAAGCUUGAGGGGUUCUUUGACAGUGAUUGGGGAGUAUGUAUGGAGGAUAGGAAGAGCAUAACUGGUGUUAUAUUCAAUAUAAGAUUAGGAGCAUUUUUUUGGAUUUCCAAGAAGCAAGAUGUAAUUGCACUCUCCACCACCGAGGCAGAGUACAUAUCUCUAUGUUCAACUGCUUGCCUGGGCAUUUGGCCUAACAAAGUGCUUAUUGAAUGUGGUUGA